AUGCAAGCGGGCCCUGGGGACUCGCCUGCGCCACAUCGACAACCUAGAAAGAAGGGCGAUAAUACAACAGUGCCGAAAGCUCCUGCGAAGGGAAAGCCUCGCGCUCAAUUCCUGCUUGACAUACCGCCCCACGAGUAUUUUUUGUCUAAUGAUGGACCGAUCAAUGCAACUCUAGUAGAUCUGAUCGUGAUACUUCCACAAUGGUUCCGCAAUCCUGCUGUGGCAUGGCGCAUCCUGAACAACGGCAUCACUGCUGCAGUGCACUUUGCAAUUCUGGAUAAGCAUCGUCACCUCGGCUUGGCUAGUUCGGAGGAAGCAGAGCGCGCCCGCGACCAUAUCUCGGACACGUAUCGAAAGACUAUGCGCAAGACCUGGAAAGGCUGGACCAAAGCAAAGCAUCACGUUCCAUGUGAUUGGGACAAGUCAGCGAUGUCCAUCACCAAUUUCUUCCCCGAAGCUGCAAAGAAAGCUGAUUAUGUCCUACCGCCGUCGAUACCAUUCAAGAGCUUGGCGAUCGGGCUGAAAAGUUUACCUGAGGAUGACGAUAAGGGCGAUCUCACUCGCGCAUUGGACUACGCGCUGCGGUACCAGAAGCUUGACGAGCAUGGCCAGCCGACGGACUUCAUGUUCCCGGAUGAUAUCCAUCUCAUUCUUAGAUGCAUUGGUCCCAUUGAAACUACCCGAGAUCGUUACGAUGGGGCUGUCAUACAUCGGUACUCCGAAGCGGUGCGAGUAGCAGAGAGUGAGCGUCGUAAGCAGCUUGCUGAACAGCGGCGCCAGCGACAGGCUGCGAAGGAGGCGGAUGCUCAGUCUGUUCCCUGUUUCUACCCUGAUCAGCCUUCGUCGCUUAACGGAUUUACGAUGAAUCUGCCGGCUCAACAGCAAAUGCAGCCGGUGGUUGGCUUCUCGUCCUCGAACCAAGGGUACAACGGUAUGCCUCCGACCGGAAUGCGCGUCUUGAUGUCCAAUGCUGUACAGCAUUCAUCUGCGACAGAAGCCAAUUCGCAAGAUUUACUUCAACCGUCUGCGGAGAUCCAGCCACAGUCCCAAGAGUACAACGGGUUAAACUCCACUGAGCACAGCUAUAUCCAUCCAUCCGGACCGCACCCAGUACGAUCGAAGUCGCAAGAGGCCGCUGCCGUAGUAGCAUCGGAGCUUGUAUACCAGGGUGCUCAGCCAGCCCACGCAAACUUCCUCGACAUCCCCGAUAUCUGCGAACCCAAAGGCUAUGUACAAGACGACAACGCUUUCCCAGAUUCUUGGCUAUACCUCGAUCCCCAGGAAGCAGCGGGGCAAGUGGAUGCACUCAUGGCAACAAACCAAACUUACGACUUCAGCGACGUAGAGCGAUUGGCGUCGACGUCACUGCAACCCCGAUUUCAUUACCGCCCUGAUAUGCCUUUGCUGGAUUGUCCAGAGGGACAAGAUCCGAAUGACCUGGGUGAUCUUGCUCGUGCGGCCAGAUGGGCACGAAAAUAUGUGCAUCCGGGUGGCCACGAGUUCACGGUCGGGGAUAUCGACACUGUAUUGGCUUUGUUUGAAGGCCCUGGGGCGCAGUUUGAUUAG